AUGCUCAAAGCGACUUGGGACUACAGACCGUGUAUCCUGUACUUAGGCGUACAUAUUGACGCAAGGCUUCGAUUCGAUGAUGUUCGCAUUGUCAGAAACAAGGCAAACAGGGUAGCAGGUGCCCUGCUGGAUCUUAUGCCCUACGUUCUUUUUAGCAUCUCACCGCUGGAAUUACUUAUAGACGAGUGCUCGAGGCAGUAUCAUCGCCAACUCGAAAACGUUGGGAGUGAAAAACGGGCCAGGACGAUCGAGAAAUGGCAGGCCCAAUGGACCCGCUCGACAAAGGUUCGGCGGAUCCACCGACUCAUCACGAACAUCAUUCCGUGGAUUGAGAGGAGGCACGGAGAAGUGAACUACCAUCUCACGCAGCUCCUGACUGGUCAUGGUUACUUCAGGUCAUACCUGUAUCGGACAAACAACGACACGAGUAACCUGUGCCUGACGUUUGCUCUAGCAGUGGAAGAUGCCAAGCAUGUCAUUGUUCACUGUCCUCGAUUCGCGGAGGAAAAACGGGCCCUCCACCGCCUCUCUUGA